AGCGUCCACUCUUCAGUCCCACUGGCGCGGCUGUACCGAUCGCACGCUCUCACGCCGCACACCACGCCGCGAACUCGCGCAGUGACACCCGCACCAAACUCUGUGACAGUGAUAUGGUUCUGUGUUUACAUUGGAUUCCCUGACCGUGCCCUACAACGGCGUGUGUGGCAGAGGCUGCCGAGCGGUGAUGCGCGGCGAGCGCGCGCUCUCGACACAUGCAUGCCGCCCGCGUCUCCGGUGUGGUUGUGAUGACAUGGUGGUGGGCGGUAGCGCUGUUAGCGCUGUGUGCGCCCGUCCGCCCCGCGCCCCGGGCGGGCAACGGUGAGCAAUUCUACAGCAUUGCAGGUUAUCAAAUGUCUCGCAAGACGUGUGUGGCGCGUGGCGAGAGGGGCGCUUGCAUGUGGGUGCAGGACUGCAACCGGCUCGGCGGGUCGCAUGCCGGCGUCUGUGUCGAUGGGUUCAUGUUCGGUUCCUGCUGCAGGCUGCCAGACAAGCCGAUUGUACAAGAAACAUUGCCGCCGGUGACUGUCACUGACCGUUCGUUCACAACGCCAUCUAGUACCACAACUACUACAACAGUACGACCAGAGACAACAACUAGACAGAACUGGCAAACACAGCGCCCUUCGUUCAUGACAAAACCAAUAGAUGGCGCGCCUACGUCCCACAGCUACGUACCGCCGCAGAUAUCCCUGAACGAUAUCAUGCUAGGCAUCCGUCCAAAUAGUGAUAUAGCUAAUAAAAUACCAUACAACAGUGUAAAUAAGUACCAAAAUGUAAAUAGGCCGAACGGUGAAGCGGAAACUAGUCUCCACAAUAAGAUUUCGUCUAGUCUUAGCAUAAUACCUGGGGCGCGGCCGAUGGCCGUGUCUGAGCAGCACGCUGAGAAUAGUAUUCCUUCAGCUCAAUUCAUGUCGAGACCGAGCAACCUGAACACAAUACACUGGCAGGCGACGACCGAGCCGUCUUUCAUCACAAAACCGCGACCGUCGUGGGACAAGCCGGCUGGCAAGCCGAAGCCAACCAAGAAGUUCACAACCACCACCAGCAAACCUCACAAGAAUUAUAUAAAACCUAAGGAUCCUGCUACGAACAUGAUAAAUAAAACGGAGGAGUCUACCCCGCCGUCUCUGCAGACUACUGCAGCGACUAGUAAUGUGGAAUGUGGCGUCACAGCAUUAUGGCCCCGCCCAGAGACCCGCAUUAUGGGCGGCAAGGACUCCAGCUUUGGCAGGUGGCCGUGGCAGGUCUCAGUCAGGCGAACCUCAUUCUUCGGCUUCUCUUCCACUCAUCGGUGUGGUGGCGCCAUCAUCAAUGAGGGUUGGAUCGCCACAGCUGGCCAUUGCGUUGAUGACCUCCUAACAUCUCAAAUAAGGAUACGCGUCGGUGAAUACGAUUUCUCAUCAGUAUCAGAAGAAUAUCCAUUCGUGGAGCGAGGAGUGGCUCGGAAAGCAGUUCAUCCAAAAUACAACUUCUAUACAUACGAGUAUGACCUUGCCUUAGUGAAGUUGGAGACGCCAUUGCAAUUUGCACCUCACAUAUCCCCGAUAUGUCUCCCUGCUUCUGAUGAUUUGCUGGUUGGAGAGAAUGCUACUGUCACUGGAUGGGGAAGAUUGUCUGAAGGUGGAGUGCUGCCUUCUGUUUUGCAAGAGGUGCAAGUACCAAUAGUCUCAAACGAGAGAUGCAAGUCUAUGUUUCUUCGAGCGGGUCGUCAGGAGUUCAUUCCUGAUAUAUUCCUCUGUGCUGGUCACGAAAGAGGCGGGCAUGACUCGUGCCAGGGUGACUCUGGAGGACCACUGCAGGUCAAAGGCAAAGACCAGAGAUAUUUCCUAGCUGGAAUCAUAAGCUGGGGCAUUGGAUGCGGUGAAGCAAACCUACCAGGCGUCUGCACCAGGAUAUCUAAAUUCGUACCCUGGAUCCUACAGACUGUUAACUCUUAAUAAGUGAUAAACUAAAAGUGAAAGAACUCGAUAAUCGAUAAUGGACGAUACGAAUCGAUUCAAGUGCAGUUACCUUCAAAAAUGUUGAUUGGAUUCAACGUUUUGUGAGGCGUUUUAUUUGGACUUGUCCACCUGAGGCUCUGCAGAGGUCGUCGCGCGAUCCUCUGAUUGGUGGAGCUUCGAUACGGUGUUACAACGGCUUGAACAAUAAUAAACGCCCCGAUGACGAUCGCUUGUUUCUUUCGAGACAGAGUUGGAGUCGAUUUAUCGAUGUUAUAAUCGAUUUUACCAAUUGAAAAAUCAACCUCGGGUUCAUUGUUACCUAAACUAGAAUUUGGCAAAUAAAUAAAAUGUAUCGAUUUUGGCUGUUAAGUAAAAUCGAAUCGAAAGAUCGAUGCUCUGUUCUCGAUUGAAUUAUACUAUGCACUUGCAGCGAUGUAGAUGACAUCCAAUGUAAAUACAACAAUAUGAGUAAGUUUAUCUUUAUCCGUUAUUUAUAGUGAAUUAUUUAAUCGAUUAAUUGUAAAUAUUCGUGUAUUUGUCUUGCCUUAAUGUAAGGAUUUUUUGUAUUUUUAUACAGUAUUAUUUACGUUUCGUUACUUUGUAGAUAUCACUUCACAACAACCAAUAUUUUUAAUGGUUCCUUUAAGAAUUUUGUACUUAUCUUAAGCUAGCUUGUAGUUGUGUAAAGGAAGUUAUAUGAAAAUUUGUUAUAGAAUGCAGGAAAUAAUUUAGAUACCAAAACAUGUGUUGUUACGAGGCAUUUAUAUAUCACAGAAAUGAUGUUUUGUAUUAUGUAUAUUCUAGAUACAUUGUGUUUGAAUGAAUAGUUUAUAUGACGUUGAAUACAGUUGUUCGUUUGCACAGUAAUAUUGUUAAUGAUUAAAAUAUUGAAAUAAUUUAUA